AACUACUGCAACUAGAGGCCGUUACUAUGGAGAUAGUCGUAGUGAACUAAGGCGGUAUCGUAUGAUGCAUGAUGAGGGGGCAAAUAGUAGAAUAGAGCCUGACGAUGGGAUGUUUGUUUGCCCUUCGUCCAGACUGUUUGGUUGACGUCAGUGGACGAUAUUGAACGAGAGGAUUACCGUCUGUGUUGCUCUCCAAGUUACAUUCUUGACAUACGGCCUUGAGGGGCAAUUGUCUUACUGAAGAAUUCGCAGAAUACCAAGUACUACUAUGUUUCGUUUUUAAUGCAAACAGCGCUCAUUAGCCGCUCAUUAGUAUAUUUCUUGAGACGUUUUGAAAUUUCAGGAUGUAUUCGGAGGUCUCCUUAUUUCAUCACCUUGCCUUUCCAUCAGUGAUCUUGUGUGCCAACUUGUAAGAAGGAACGAUCCCAAGUAGGCAAAUUUGCUCAUUCAACCAAAGUUGGUUAAACAGCAUCGAACUUCCGCUAGCCGCUUAAAUAGCGCUUAACCAGCCUCCCCAUGGCCAUAUUGAAGGGGAUUAAUAUUCUGCAUUUCGUUACAAUAAACAACACGACUUGUGUGGUUUAUUUGCAUAUAUUAGUGGUGUGGAGCGCACCCACGACUCCAAUCCCACUCUGGCCGAAUCCGAACCACUAGUUCCGCCCGGAGUUGGAGUCGUCCGAAGUUGGAGUCAUUCGGAGUCCACCAGAUCGAUCGGAGUCAACAGAAGCCGCCGGGUGCAAUGGGCUUGUGAUCAGACAUUUCAUUUCGUUGUGUUUUUUUGUCUUUCACUAUGCGCGUGCACUUCGUAUUUGUUUGGAAGGCCGACUCCGCUGAAUUCGGACGACUUAGACUCCAACUGAUUCCGGACGACUCCGAACGACCCCAAACGACUCCGAACGACCCCAAACGACUCCGAAAAAGUCCGGGCGACUCCGGACGACUCCGGAAGACUCCGGGCGAUUCCGAACGAUUCUGGAUAAUGCUGGGCGGACCUACCUUCCCGAGUCGAUUCCAAAAUUAUAGGAGUCAGAUCGGAGUCGACUCCAGUUUUUGCCAACUUUACUCAUCACUAGUUUAAAUAGUUUGCAUUUAAAUUCACAAUCACUCCACGGAACGUUCUUAACCUUAGCCUUUCCAUCAUCAAUCCAAAUUCCAUCAUCAAUCAUGAUCUUUGUAGUAAACAGCCACGAAGUUCUAAAAAUGAUAAACGCGAGAUUAUUAAAAAGCGUCGAACUUCUUAAAAGUACCGUUUUAUCUCUUAAUCAGCCACAAAAUAUGAUAUUGGAACAUUGUUUCGUGAAACAGCCCCAAAUCAGCCACAGAGUUAUGUUGCUGGCAAUUUGGCUAUGGUUACUGAGGACCGUUUUCUGUAUCUCUCUAGCCCGACUGUCUACUGGCUUUUUAGUAAUUCGCUACACUCCGUCCCAGGAGGUUGCACGAUCGGUACAUGGUUCAGUGAUCAGCAAUAGCGAAGGGAAACAGAUUAAGUGAAUUUUGCUCCAAAGAUUAACCGUGACGGUUUAUAAACAAUCAAUCGAUCGACUCGUCAACACUCACGGAUCACGGGGGCCACAUUAGCUGGGCAACCUGUUACGAACAUAACCAGCUAGUGCUAGGCACGCCGAUAAGAGCAAUCGAUCUUUAUGCUCCAUCUGGCGCACGGGGAUGUCUCUAGAACGAUUUACAAGCACCUCCCCGUCUCGCAAGCUUACACCCAAUGCAUUUACUGCACUUCAACACCACUUGGACGCGUGCUGCUGUCAAACACCAGUUGUACCAUACAAAGAAAGUAACCAACAAACCUAGAAUCCUCUUGCACGGAAGCCUUUCGCGAUUGCAUUAUCAUGUUGCCCAGACUCACCCGCUUGUUCGCUCGCUCGCUCGCUGCUUAUCGACUGCAGCGAUCGAUGUUUACAAGCAGCCGAUGACUGUGGGGCCUACAUUAGCCAGCUCUCUGAUACGGGGCCGGCUUUAGCAUUUCCGCGGCACUGCUAGCGCGCCCGGUCGGGCUUAAUCCGCACCAUGCUGAUCGUACUGAACAGUCGAUUUUUCGCGAGCUUCAUCGAGCGACGGUUGCAGACGCUCGUGGAGUCCUUCACCGACGAGCAGGACGCGCAGCCGACCGUACCCGUACCCUUCCUAGAACGAGCCGGCGCUAAGUGUUUCACCCUUAUGCUCUCCACAGCGCGCACCGUUGCGGCGUCGAGCUCGAGCCGGCUGCACUCCCCCGUUGCCUGGAGCCGCAAGUCCGUGCAGGAGGGCUACUACGAUCUCGAGGCGGGCGAAACGGAACGAACGCCCCUGCUGUACGUGCGCGACAAUGGACGCUACCGGGCGAAGAGCCUGCACCGUGCCAACGAUCCGAACCGGGUGCAUCCGGUCGCGCUGGGGCUGAUGGUGGCGCUGCUCGUCUUCCUGCUGAUCGGUGUCGUGAUCGGCGUCUAUCUGCUGCUGCUGACGGUUCAACGGCCCUGGCCCGUAUCGCAUCCGUUCUUUUUGGUCGAGCGACCCGCCUGGUGGCAGUAUCCGGUGGCGCUCGAGGCGGCCACUCUCGACCGGCUCGCCGUUACGAACGUGAUCGUGCUGCACACCGACUCGGAGGAUUGUCUGGAUCAGGAGCGCUGUGUGCGCUACCUGCAAAACACCGAGCGGAGCUGCUGGGCGGCACGGCGUGAUCACAUCCCGUACAACUUCUUGAUCGGCGGGGACGGUGUGACGUACGAGGCGCGCGGCUGGAAGAGUCAGCACGGGUUCGUCGAUCUGCCCGGCCGCAACACAACGCUUGUGGUGGGCAUGAUCGGCAACUUCACCGACCGUCAACCGGCGGAAGUACAGUACGCCGAGCUGAAGGCAUUCAUCACCGAGUCGAUCCGGCGGCUUAGCCUCUCGCCCCAGUACCGCCUGCACGGAGCGGUCAAUGCAACGCGACCCUCGCGAGACGGUACAAUCGCGCUGUACAGUCAGCUGGAGCGAUGGCCACACUGGAAGGGGUUCGUCGCUCGCGACCAACCCUGAUCAUCGUUUGCGCCAUUUUCGAACACCGCGGAAGUACACUGCGCUGCGCUUUCUGUGGGACAUAUUUUAUUAGGCCAAAAAGCUGUGUAGAGGUUUUCCUUGUACCCGAUAGGCUCACAAGUACAUCUCCGUGUCGUUCUUGCCAUAUACAUAUAUAUUCUGAGCAUCUUCCUUUGUUUUGUGAGUGUGUGGUCCCACUAAAAUCAACCUAAGUCCGCGGGUAUGGGCCCGUUCGGGUAGCUCUAAAAGUAUUACACUGUGCCUAAUGCUAGACGCCAUUCUGUGGCGUGCCUUAUACGUUUCGUGGCCAGAAAGCGCACUCGAAUACACACUCGAAAAACUUCACUCACUUAAGGAAAAA